CCCUUUAGGGCGGGUUUAGGGCCCCUUUAGGGCGGUUCAGGGCGGUUCAGGGCUGGGAGCGGGCCCAUGGCGGAGGCGGCGCAGGGCCGGGUGCAGGCCGCGGUGGAGAGCGCGGUGCAGGGGCUGGAGCGGGAGCAGAUCCGCGCCAUGCAGGGCGCCAUGUUCCGCUGCAGCGCGCGGUGCUGCGAGGACGCAGCGGCCUCCAUGCAGGAGGUGCAGCGCUGCAUCGAGCGCUGCCACGCGCCCCUGGCCCGCGCCCAGGCCAUCGUCACCGCCGAGCUCGAGCACUUCCAGGACCGGCUGAGCCGCUGCUCGCUGCAGUGCUCGGACCAGGCCAAGGACGCUCUGGACUCGGGGGGCUCGGAGCCGCGCGUGCGGGGCCAGCUGGACGCCUGCCUGGCCACCUGCGGGGACCAGCACCUGCGCCUCGUGCCCGCCAUGGCCAAGAAGAUGCGGGAGGGGCUGGCCAACAUCCAGCAGUGACGCCGGGGACGCCCCCGGGACACCCCCCCGGGGACGCCCCCCACCAACUCAUUAAAGGCCAGGUGGCACCUCCCACCAA